AUGUCGGAUUUGGAGCGGAUCCAGCCGGACUUGAGCUCACCCGGCCGCGGGAGGCCGUGCCGUUCCAUCCAUGGGCUGGCCGGGCACCGGGACAGAAAGCCCCAGCAAGGCCGCAUGCACGUACUGACUCCGCCUCUAGCCGCUUGGACCUACCCCGUCAGCGCCCUCCAAGUCCCAACACCAAUCAAGCACAUUGUCAUGGACGCUAACCGUGACUCCAGCCUCGCCACCGACGACGAGCUCCUCCAAGCGCAGGCGGAGCUGUGGAACCACGUCUUCGCGUACACCAAGUCUAUGUCCCUCCGGUGCGCCGUCGAGCUCGGCAUCCCCGACGCCAUCCACCGGCGCGGCGGCUCCAUCACUGUGCCCGACCUCGUCGCCGAGCUCUCCCUGCCCCCCUCCAGGACGCCCUACCUGCGCCGCCUCAUGCGUCUGCUCGCGCACGCCGGUUUCUUCGACGCUGGGCCAGCGCCAGACGCCUACGGGCUCACCCUGCUCUCGCGCCUCCUCGUGUCGGCGCCCGGCGCGGGGCAGGGCCUCUCGCCGUUCGCGCUCGCCAUGCUGCACCCCAUCAUCGUGUCCCCGUCCAUGUCGCUGGCGGCGUGGUUCCGCGCGGCCGACGACGCGGCGCGCGUGCCGUUCGCGACCGCGCACGGCGGGCGCGAGUUCUAUGCUGUGGUGAAGGAGAACCCGGAGUUCGGCGCGGCGUUCAACGAGGCCAUGGCGUGCGACGGCCGCUUCGUGAUGGACCUGAUCGUGCGCGUCCACGGGCAAGACCUGUUCCGGGGGAUCGCCUCGCUGGUGGACGUCGGCGGCGGGUCCGGCGCCGCUGCCAGGGCCAUCGCCGCCGCGUUCCCCCACGUCAAGUGCAGCGUCCUGGAGCUGCCGCACGUCGUCGCGAGCGUCCCGCCUGGCGACGGGGGCGUGGAGUUCGUCGCCGGGGACAUGUUCGAGCGCGUCCCGAAGGCCGACGCCGUCCUCCUCAAGUGGAUUUUGCACGGGUGGGGGGACGAGGAGUGCGUGAAGAUACUGCGGCGGUGCAGGGAGGCGUUGCCGGCCGGCGGCAGAGUGAUCGUGAUGGACCUGGUGGUGGGGUCGAGCCCGGCGGACGCGAGGGCCACGGAGACGCAGCUGCUGUGGGACGUGAUGAUGAUGGGAGUGGUGGGGAGCCCGGAGCGGGACGAGGGCGAGUGGCGCAAGAUAUUCGACGACGCGGGAUUCAGCGGCUACAAGAUCCUGGCCAUCCUCGGGAUCCGGUCAGUUAUCGAGGUGUACCCUUAGAUUUCCUUUUGUCUCUGGUAUGUACUGUAUUGUGCUCACUGCGAAU